UAAUGGGUGAGAUUGUGUCUAAUCAGCUGUUCGUAGCUGGAUAUAGUCGAAGUAAGGUGGCUGAUGAGAAAGAUGUGAGAGAAAUCUUUAGAAAGUAUGGGUCAGUAAAAGAAGUGGCAUACAAGGGUUCUUACUCUUUUAUAGUAACUCUUUUCAAUUUAAGUUCAUUAGACUUUCGGUAAUGAAGAUGAAGCAAAGGAGGCUCUUACAGAAAUGAAUGGGGCAUCUCACAAUGGAUAGAAAUUAAAAGUGGAUGUUGUUGACAAUCGUAAAUAGAGAAGAAUAGGACCUAAUGAAAGUGAUGAAUGCUUUAAAUGUGGAAAAGGAGGACACUGGUAUUUAGUUCAUUUAUUCUUAAUAGGGCCAGAGAUUGUCCUAAAGGAAGAUCUCCUCAUAGAAGUAGAAGAUACUCAAAUUCUAGAUCUAGGUUGUUAAGACAUUCUAUUAUAGACAUCACAAAAGAAGAUCUGGUUCAAGAUCCCGUUCUUCUUAUUCAUCCUCACGUUCCAGAAGAAGAAACAGAGAUCACCGUAAUAGACAUAGGUAUAGCAAUAGUCCAAAGAGGGGUGAAGAAUAAAAAAAGGGAAAUUACAACAAGAGAAGAUCACCUUCAGACUCUUAACAUCAUUCCACAUCUUGAA